GUGACCCUUUGGGAACAACUGCACAAGUCUGCAUUAGAGACAAAACAGAAAAAAAAGAAAGAAGUGACAGAAGCAUCUGAACAUUUGAAUCAGAGCACUGGCUGCCAGUUCAUGAUAAAUCUUGCAGAUUUGGAGCAUUUGGUGGCAGCACUUCAGAAGCAGGCGGAGGUACGUAGGCUGACUUUGAGUCAGUGACGCUGAGCUGCACAACAACAAGCCUCUCCAACAUCUUGCCUUCCACAGCGCUGAAUUUGUGUGCGUGUCCGACUCUCGUUUUUCUUCGCGCACUGCGAGAGAAGCUCCGCGUCCUCCGAGCAAAGAAACCCGUCAUGAACUCCACAAGCAGGCACUGAGAAGAGCCAGAGAUGCUGAUGCUUGGGAUGCUCCAUCACCUCCUACUGACUGGGACGUGUCUCUGUGUCUACGGAGCCCCGUUAAAUCUCCCACACUUCAGCCCUACGCAGGCCGGCUCCUGUGAAGGACUGUGUGCCAGCUCAGUAACAACCACCGGGUCGACACAUGCUACAGAUUUAAAACCUACACCAUCAGAUUCCAGACACGAGAGUGACCUGACAGUGAAUGUAGGUGGAGGAGGAGGGACUGGCCCACAUGAACGACCCAGGGGGACUGAUGCAGUGACGCAGACAGAAAAUGGGGACAGUCUUGAUGGAAGAUCUAGGCUGAGUGAGGCUGGUGGAGAGGCAUGGAGCCAAAGCGCCGAGAUAGAGAAGAUCGGGAGCACAUCUGAGAUGAGAGACUCUGAGAAGCAGUCAGAGUCUGUGGAUUCAGAGAGCAAAAAGGAGGAUGCACCAGUUCACGGUGAGCAUUUAAGUCCAACAGGUGGGACAGAGCAGUCGGACAUGGACACCAGUACCCGAAAAAGGACUCCAAGUAGAUUACUGACCUCCACUUCAGCACCAUCACACCUGCAGACUUCGUACAGCCAAAAGAGUAACCCCGCUGGAGCAUAUGGGACAAAAAGCUUUGAUUCUCACUGGGACAAAGACACAGAAAGAAGUUUGCCAGAACCUCCAAAUCCCUCUGUUUCCCUCUGGACCCAGACCUCCCACAGUCCCACCCCUCAUGUUUUUACCCAUCAGACCUCUUCACCUUUGGCAAUUUGGGGCCACGACAGCACAACUAUGUCCUCACUACCAGACCCAUUUUUACCUGAAAUCGGACCGAGCCUGAUACCCAGAGAGGAUGGCCCAGAAAGUCUGUGGACUGAAGCAGCAAGACCCGGCGGAGCGGAAACUGCCCUCCCAAUGCCCCAGGAUGAAUCCACAGAGGCCACAAUGUCAUCAGAGGCUCUCCCUCUCAUCUUUGAGCCUUUUGAAGACAUCACAUCUGAGAGUGCGACGGCGGCGGCAGCAGCACCGGUCACCCAUGUGUCAGGCAGCAGCCGGCCCAGAGGGCUUCCUCGGUCAGAGGCAGGUCUGGACCAGCUGGUCACCGUAGAGAGUGACAGAGACGGUCCAUCACAUGCCUCACCCGUCCUUAUUCCAGACUGGACGUCACCUUGGCAGACAUCUGGCAGCGAGCUCCUAGAGCCAUUCAGUUCCUCGGGUCCAUCUGCUUCUCAGCAGCAAGUCAGAACUGAGCCGGACGACCAUUCGGAGAAAGCAAACGUAGUCUCUGCGAGGACGCUAAACCUGAAAGACAACGUGUCCUCGGCCGGCCCCUCCCUCUCAUCUUUCCAGCAAGCAAUGACAAUGGUAACCAUGACAACCCAUCAGCCAGCACACAAAUCCACAUCAGAGGAGAUGGACUCUGAGGAGGACCUGGAAGAUGACUUUGAGAACUCGGAGGAAUCGGUGGAAGAAGACAGUGAAGAAGACCAAACAGAAACAUCGAAAACAUCCUCGACGCAGCCUCCAUACAGUCUCAUCCCACCACCUCCCGUCUGGGUUCAACGCAACCAGGGGCUGAUGCGUAGCUGGGUGGAGCUAAUCAGAGAAAAGGCGGGUUACGUGUCCGGGAUGUUGGCCCCUGUGGGUAUCGGUAUCACAGGGGCCCUGCUAAUUGUUGGCGCCCUCUACAGCAUCAGGAUGAUUCACCGCAAAAGGAGGAACAGCUUUAAACACCAGAGGAGGAAGGUCAGACAGCAGGAGCAACCCCGAGAACCCGGCACCAGCCGUCAGGACCAAGCCAUGCUGCUGGCCGACAGCUCCGAGGACGAAUUCUGAUGAGAACCUUUUGGGCCUCUUUUGUUGGUGACCAGCCGCCAUUGCUCCUAAACUGGAUGUUUAGCAAACACCCCCAUCGCUACUGCAUCUCCACUUACCCUGGGGCUGUUUGGGUAUGACUCCUCUGAUCCACUGAAAGGGACUGAGCAUAGGGCAGUAUUUGCAUAGGUGGCGCACAGGUCAACCAGGCACCCACCUCCCUUUCUGAAAUUAUCUGAGCACUUGUCUAAAUGUUGUCAGAUGCUGCUGAGUCUAAGAGUGUGGUAGGAUUGGUGUUUUCCACCUUUUUUGACAACAAAAAUAACUAAAUAAAUAAAAAUAAUAAUGCAUUGAGGGAGCGGUAUUCGUAGGAUGGAAGUGUUGCUGGCAAAUUAAAAGGGGGGAUGUGAAAGCCAGCAUGUUUUCCCGUCAAGUUAUACAUUGAAUGAAAAGUGACGUGACACAAAUAAUGUAAAUACAUUACAUGUAGUACAUGUAGCUGACUGGGGGUCAGUUGUGUUAGUGUAAAUAAAGUCUUGUGUAUUCCUAGACUUCAAUAAUUUUGGGAAAACUGCUAAUUUACAGGAAGCUGGAUUAGAUCACUGGAAGCAUAUCUGUCUGUAAACUGAAGCUAACAGCUAGCCUAGCUUGGUUCAACGAUAACAAACAUGUUGGCUAACAUUUCCAGAACUCACUACGAAAUCAAUCUUUAAAAAAACAAUAGAAGAAAUUUAAAGUAUUAGUGUCCUCUUAAUUAUUUUCUAACCAUCAGACAGAGUUAGGCAAGCUUCAGGCAAAGGUAAGCUAAAAGCUACUGAGCUAAAAAAGCUACAGGACUGUGCAAAAGUCUUGAUACGCCCUGCAUUUCUUACUAUUUUGCAAUGAAUUUGGGAAACAGGUAGUGUUGUAUUUAAAGCUGCAAACAGCUUGAACUCUCUUAAGCAGCUUUCUUGUUAUUUAAGUGUUCAGGAACAGUUCUCCAGGCUUCUUGAAGGACAUUCAACGCUCUUCUUUGGAUGUUGGCUGCCUUUUGUUCUGUUCAAUAAUGUUGCUGUCCAGGCUGUGAGAAGCCCAAUCCACAACUGAUAGUAUUACUCUGUCAGGUAAGCUUUUACUGCAUUGCUAGAAAAAAAAUUAAGCUGUGGCUCUGACAGUACUUUGGCAUUCCAUCAAUUUUGACAAGAUCCCCAAAACUACUGGCUGAAACGCUGCCUCAAACCAUGACAGAACGCGGUUAAGUGAUUGUUGGACACUUAUUUU